GGAGGAUCCAAAAAUUUGAAACCCUGAAUAAGACCUUUCCACCAAACACAGGAAAACCAAUACCCCAUACUAAUACUCUUUCACGAAAAUCACAAAUCUCGCAAAUCAAAUUCACAACAGACCUCUCCAAAAAUCCCAAAUCACCAACAAAUUCAUCUACUCUCAGCAAUUCAAAAAACCACUGAUUCCAGAAAAUGGUGUACACAUCAUCAUACACUCCAACGUACUACACCUCACUCCACGACUCGAUCACUUCCAUCUGCAAAAACAUCCUCCCUUUUUCCUUCAAGAAGCGGCGGUUGCCCGCCAUCGCGGCGGCCGAGCAGCAGCUGUCGAAGCAGCAGUCGGAUAACCUGAAAUGGCAGCAGGAGUCGUUCCAUCAGAUUUUGAAGCUGAUGGGUCUUUGCAAGGAGGGUAUCUUGGCUGAAACAGAGGUCUCUGCUUUUAAGUCCCACCUUCUCGACACCCUUGUCGCCUCCCCAGCUGAUUAUGAACAACCCACCAUUCUUAAAGAUAAAUUGGUCUUUUUGCAGGAGUUGUUGUAUGCGAAAUGUAUCACAGAGGAUGAGUACCAUUCCUCAAAGAGGCCAUUGUUGCAGAGGCUAGCAGUUCAAGGAGCCGAGAUCGAGGCAAGAGACGUGAUAGUUUCUGCAACGAAAGAGAGCUCGAAUGAGUGGUCUGUUAUUGAUUUGAAAGAUGAGAAAUGUUUGCUUGCUCAAGAGAGCUCAAAUUCGAAUACCAAAUCGAAAAACGGCUCAGCCGCGAGGCAAAUGAAAGGAUCAAAUUCUAUUUUUGGGUUUGGAUCAUCUCAUAAAAAUGGAAAAGGUAAGGAAAAUAAGGGUCCAAUUGAUCCCGGUCCAGACCAUUUUGCCCCCUUCGCUAAGAAUGAACUGGGACUUUCUAGAGAAAACCCUUUUUGGGAUAGUAAUCUAAGACAGAAAGAAAGUGAAACUCAGUCUAUUCUCAUGAUGGAAAGCUCCCCACCGGAGUCUAAAAAGGUAGUCAACAGAAGUGAGAGUGAAAAGGCGAAGAAGAAGAUGUUUAGGACUUUGUUUCCUCAAAAGGAGGAGAGACAUGAAAAUGGUGAUCAUGGCCUUGAUUAUGAGGAAAAGGUAUCGAAAUCGGGAAAGAAGCAAUGGGGAUUCGAUGGGUUCAAGAAAUGGAAGAAAAGUGAGUCAGAGGAUGAAACAGCUCCUCUGCCGCUCAGCGAAAGAUCGGAUAGUGAGAUGUUUUUGGGAUCGAACCGGCUUGUUGCUAGUCCAGUUGGGGAGGGACCAGACACCAAACAAAUCAAGAGGAAGUUGCAUUCAAAUGGAGCGCCAUCGGAUUUCUUUGUCGAUAAGGUUUUAGGGCAGAAGAUAAAGAAGGAGCUCUCGAGAAUCCAGACAGAACUCAAUGCUAAGAACCCCAAUAUUCAAUUUUCGAAUGAUCAAAUUGAUGCUAUUUCAACCAGGCUUCCAGUUGACAAAGCAGACUUGAAAAAUUUCUUUCCCAAGUCAUGGUGUGAUCGCUAUGGUGAUGUGGUGUUGGAUGUGGUGAGAAAGGAAUUUAAAGAUCAUGUAGGGGAGAUGGAAACUUUGAAAAAUGCUGCCAGAGAGAAGCAGAACAGCAGCUCCAAAAGAUGGGCAACCUUUGAUGAUGAUGAAAAUUGUCACCCAAAUCUUUUUGCUCCUCAAGACACAUCUUUUCCCAUGAAACAAGCAAAGCAUGCCCCUUUGGGUGAUGAUCGCACACUUAAGUGCUUCAAAAACAAUCCUUUCUUUCAAGAUAUUGAUCUAACCCACGUCGAUGGGAACAAGGAGAAUCCAUUCUGGAGUCCGAGGCAUGGUUCUUCCAUGCUGGGUUAAAUGAAAUUAUAGUCUAGCAUUGCAUAUGUUGUUGUUCAAUUUCUGUUGUAUUGAGCUAAUUUAUGUUGUGGACCUGUUGUUACUUGUUAUUGAACUAUUGUUGUUCAAUAAAGAAUUUCUGUUGUACUUCGUA